GGAACCGAAAUGAGAAGCAAAUUAUCUGCGGAACAAACUCACGCAAGACUGGAAGAGCAGCGAUGGAGAGAGAGACGCACCACGCAGCUCUUUUCGUGUAAAAGCGCCUUCUCGUUCCUCUUUCCCCGCAAACCGGGUUCAUUUUAUAGUCGUUUCGUCUUGUACCAGUUCCGCGUGGGCGCGAGACGAAUCGCACCGGCCGCUUCUCUUCGAUGUCCUCGUCAGUCCCGGUGGAUCUCUGACACGCACGGAGACGGAAGCGGUGGAACAUGACCGUCGGCAGUCUGAGCGGACAAGUCCUGGACCGGUUGUCCCAGAUGUUGGACAACACCACCUGCGGAUGGAGGCAGCUGGCCAACGCCGUGGCCGAGCAGCCGCAAUUCCGCUGCAGCGAGAGCGAGCUGACCAGCUGCUCGCUGCAGGUGCUGAGCACCGCGGGCAGCCCCGGGCGAGCCCUGCUGGCUCGGCUGGCUGACCGCUCCUGCUCCCUGGACUUCCUGCUGCACUGCCUCCGGAAGAUGGACCACCGGGAAGCUGUGCGGUACCUUACCACCACAUUGGCCGAGCUGAUCCAGAUCACAGUGCAGCCACAGAACCAGCAGGCCACAGCAGGGGGCAUGGUGGUAUUGACCUGCAGAGCCUCCGGCCCCCCUGGACUCAGCUACCAGUGGUUCAGAGGCAAAGACGAGAUCUUGGACGGGACAGGGAAUACACCGGAGCUGGUUCUGCGUCCUUCAGUCUCGGCCCACCAGGGUCACUAUAUCUGUCGAGUGCACCGUGGAGGCAACUUCACCUUCUCACAGUGGGCUCACGUUCGCUUCGUCCAGGCUGCAGGUCCUAGUCCAGGCUGCAGCAGCAGUGUGUUUCCAGGGUCAGCGAGUGGGCUGCGUAUCAUUCUUCAGCCUCGGUCCCAGGCGGUGUCUGAGGGCGACUCUCUGGUCCUGGAGUGCAACGCAGAGGCCAACCCGCCUGUGCAGUACGAGUGGUACCACAACGCGGUGCCCAUGAAAGAACACCAUACGCGUGUUCUCAAGAUCCCAUGUGUGACCACAGCACACAGAGGACAAUACAAGUGCAGGAUUUUCAAUUUGUAUCAUGAGGCCUGCAGUGACACAGCGACGAUAACCAUCGGCCCGAGUUCAAUCACUGAUGCAUCCUGGGUAGAAAUUGAUCGUGGUCCAGACUCCCAGGAAGUCCACAGGUCGAGCGACGGACUCGAAUUACAUCAACUACAAGAGAGGGUCAACCCGCCCCCAUUAGUCAAGCAUUUCUAUGCCACGGACAAAGUCGCUCUGCUGAUUGGCAACAUGAACUACGUCUACCACACCCAGCUGUGCGCUCCCAUCGCUGACGUCCACGAGUUGACCAACCUGCUCAGACAAAUGGACUUCAAGGUGGUUUCCCUGCUCGACCUCAACUGGCAGGAGAUGCACAGCGCUGUAACGGAGUUCCUCCUGCUGCUUGACAAGGGAGUCUACGGCUUGCUGUACUUCGCUGGUCACGGUUAUGAGAACUACGGCAACAGCUUCAUGGUCCCCAUUGACGCGCCGUCCUCCUACACGUCCGAGCACUGUUUGUGUGUACAGAAUAUACUAACCAGGAUGCAGGAAAAAGAGACCGGGCUCAACGUGUUGCUGCUAGACAUGUGCCGCAAAAGAAACCUAUAUGAUGAUGUCAUCGUACAACCAGGGCUGCUCAAGGUGACGGCGAACAUAGUGUUUGGAUACGCCACCUGCGCGGACGCCGAAGCAUACGAGGUGAAAAGGGAAGACGUGUCGAAUGGCAUCUUCAUAAGCUUCCUCAAGCGGCGGGUCUGUGAAGACGAGAAGGUCACGGUCGUGCUAGACAGAGUAGCUGAAGACAUGGGGCGCUGUGAGAUCACUCGAGGCAGACAGGCUCUGGAGCUGCGCAGUAAUCUGUCGGAACGGCGUUCCCUCACCGACCAGAUCCAGACCGCCGUCUGUUCUGCAUCCCAUUCGGCUCGAAACCUGCAGUGGGCUGUUGCUAACGUCCUGCCAAAGAGCCUUUGCCUGCAGUUUGACUGUGGAGUGAAGGUUCAGCUUGGGUUUGCUGCAGAGUUCUCCAACAUCAUGGUCAUCUACUCUCGGAUACUUGAGAAGCCCCAAGAAAUAGUUUCCUGCUGUGCUCAGCUUACGGACUUCCCUGAGGAUGUGGACAUUGAUCUGAAGAAGAGUAACCAGGAGACUCUUCUUGAAGCCGGAAGUUUAUUAUUGGUCAGAGAAACUCUUCCAUCACCCGAAGUCCCAAGUCUCUACACACGAAUCCGAUGCCUACAGAGACUAAAGAGGGAGCUCACAUUCACCAUCUGCCUUCAUUACACCUAUUCCAACAUGGAUGAUGAGAUCCAGGAAAGGCAGCCUGUGACAGUCGGUAAACCACUGGUCUCCAAACUCAACCUGCACGAGCCCCGACCGCCUCAGGCCCAGUCGGCCUCCUCAUCAUCCUUCAGCCUCGACUCCUUCAACGUCCCAGAGAGCUCCUCCUGUCCCUCAUUUGGUUCAGCCUCUAGCGCAUGGUCGUAUCACGCACAGUCCGGCCAAACAUCCUCCAGGAACUGGUCGGCAACUUCAUUCGGGAGUGGCAAUAUUCCAGAGGAGACCGACAGUAAAUGCUUUGAUGCCCCGCAACCACUUGUUUCCAGCAAAAGUCUGCCCCACGGCCAGAUAAAUGACACAAAGUACAAGUUUAGUGAGAUGUACGAUUUUCAUUCUCACUGAGGACUAUUAAACACAUGAUUAAACCAUCACUCACCAAGACAUCGGCAGUGCAAAUAAACAUUUUUAAAAAAUACUGCCAUUUCAGUAAAGCUGAUGAGAGAUUGUUUAGUGGCUAAUGUAGCGUAUACAGAACGAUGCAUUAAUUGUUUGUAAUAUUCUGUGCAUUAUUUUUUCAUUACAAUUAAAACACUGCAGAUCUA